AUGGGAAGAGAAGACGUCGAGUUUAAAACCUCUGAUCGAGUCACCCUCAGGGGCUGGUUUUAUACCAGUGAAUUAUCCUCAGGCAAAUCUCCUUGCUUGGUCUUGUCCCAUGGCUUCUCCGCCCUUAAAGAGAUGGACCUCAACACGUUCGCCGAAUAUUUUGUCUCCAAACUCCCCAUCACCUGUCUGGUCUAUGACAACCGAGGAUUCGGCGACAGUGAUCAGGCCGAAGGCGAACCGAGGAGUGAAAUUGUCCCCAUUACUCAAUGCAGUGAUAUCUCCGACGCCAUCACCUAUGCGGCAACAAGGCCAGAGGUCAACCCUGACAAGAUCGGGAUCUGGGGUUCGUCUUACAGUGGCGGUCACGUCCUGUAUGUUGGCGCCGUGGACAGAAGAGUCAAGGCUGUCCUGAGUCAGGUUCCGUUGGUGAGUGGUUGGGAUAAUUUCAGUCGGCUUGUCCGUCCAGACUUUGCCGUUGGAUUCAACGGCGCGUUUGCCGCAGACAGAAUUGCCAGAGCAGAGGGCAAAGAACCCGGGGUGGUGCCUGUUGUUGAUGCUGAUCCCUUGAAACCGUCUGCUCUGCCAACUCCAGAUAGCUAUGAAUUUUUCUCGUCCUGGGAGAAGAAAUCGAACUGGAAGAACACCGUUACUCUCAAGUCGAUCGAACUUUUCCGUGCUUAUGAGCCACAACAACUGAUCGAAAAGAUCUCACCGACCCCACUUCUCUUGACGGUUGGCAGGGGAGAUGUGCUGACACCUGCUGACUUGGCACUGGGAGCAUAUGCCCGCGCGAAGGAACCCAAACAGCUGCAGUUGUUACCUGGUGGGCACUUCGAAGCAUAUUCGGGCCCUCUCUUUGAGAGGAAUGCGAGCACACAGGCCGAGUUUUUGAAAAAGUGGUUGGUGGAGAAUUGA